AAGCGAAGUCUAGGAAUAAUCCGAAUAAUCCAGAAUUGAGUUUCCAUUAACAUUUUGAAACUUUGCUGGUACAAAAUUCAAUAGCGAGAUGGACUCUUUGAAAAGUGGGGAAUCUACUCUGCUACUCUGGAACGACAGUGAAAGAUCCAGCGACGAUUGUCAGAGGAUAUCGCAGAAGCUUUCAGAAAAAGUUGGAACAGAAAGUCUAUUGAACCCGUCGUCAAACUCUACCACCCAAUUAGAAGCCAACAAAUUCGAAACAGUGGUUCUCUCCAAGGUGCUGAUAUCUCCGUUGAAUUCUGUGGAAAACAUCAAACUCCUGGCUGACAUCUCCCGCAUCCUCAAACCAAACGGCAAGCUCAUCGUCCUGCAGCCAAAGUCAGAAGACCUGGAAUCGACCCUGGUGCUAUCCGGCUUCAACAACCCCACCGUCAGUUCCAACCCUGCUUUUGGCGACUGCUUUGAAAUCAUCAGCACAAAACCUUCGUUUGAGAUUGGCAGUUCGAAAAAGCUCAACCUUGAUGCGCUGGCUGUGUGGGAUGCCGUGCAGAAGGAGGGUGGCAAACCCGAGGACAUCAUUGACCCAGACCAGCUGGUUGAUGACGAGGACUUUGCCAAGCCAGAUGCUGCCUCGCUGAUGGUGUGCGGCACCACAGGCAAAAAGACUCCAUGCAAAAACUGCAGCUGCGGUCUGGACAAAGUCGUGGCGGCCAAGAGCGCUGGGGACAAGCCGCCCGCGCCCCAGGAGCAGCCCAAGUCGUCCUGCGGCAGCUGCUACCUGGGAGACGCGUUCCGCUGCGCCUCAUGCCCCUACCUCGGCAUGCCGGCCUUCAAACCUGGUGAGAAGGUUACACUCAGCGCCAGCAUGCUGCAGGACGACAUUUAAGUUCCAUCCAUAUGUCUACUAUUUAAAUGGGCCCACUAGAUGUACUGUCAAUUUGGUUAUAUCAAAUAGUAAAUAAAACUUUAAAAAUA